AGAGAAUGGUGGCGACAUUAGGAACCCUGAUAACCGGGCUGUUAAUUUUCAUUGUCUGUGUUCUGAUCCUAUUUCUCAUAUACACAAAAUGGAAUUUCGGUAUUUUCAAGAAAAUGGGAGUGAAAGGACCACCUCCUCAUAUUUUGUUUGGAAAUCACAUGACCAUCGCUAAAAAGGGAUUUGCGCAAGCUGACAUGAUGUGGUGGAGGGAAUAUGGAGACGUGUUCGGGUACUUUAGCGGUCGAUCUCCAACGUUGGUUGUGGCAGAUACAGAUAUGUUAAAGGAGAUUCUUGUCAAGCAAUUCCAAAACUUCACAGAUCGUGCGGUUCUGAGGGGCUUCAGUGGAGACAUGGAAGAAAAUCUGACCGCCCAGCAGGGUAAAGCUUGGAAAAGUUCACGGACAAUAUUAUCACCCACUUUUACGUCCGGCAAACUCAGAAAGAUGGACUCGUUAAUUACUGAAGCUGGUGAUGCACUUGUUCAACACAUUAAAAGGAAAAUCAAAGAGACAGAUGAUGUGGACUUCGAGGGUGUGUUCGGGUGUUAUACCAUUGACGUCAUUGCUUCCACUGCAUUUGGAAUAAAAAUUGAUUCACAAAGGGAUCCCGAAGACAAAUUUGCACGGAUGGUCUCACAACUUAUAAAUGUCCCAAUAAGCUCGCCUUUUCUGUCUCUUGUUUUUAUGUUUCCAACUCUUUCAAGGCCAAUUGCAAAACAUUUCAAACUUACUUUCUUCAACAAAGAAGCUUUGGAAUUUUUCAAGGGAGAAAUAGAAAAAGAGUUUAACACAAGGGAUUCUAGUAAGAAGGAAUAUGUAGAUUUCAUCCAGCUGAUGAUGGAUGCUCAUAAUGACAACCCACAGGAAACGGACGAAAAAAGGGGAUUAACAUCAACUGAGAUCAUCGCUAACUGUCUUCUGUUCUUCUUUGCCGGCUACGAGACGACGGCCAGUACGCUCUCUUUCCUUGUGUACCUCCUGGCUGUUCACCCAGACAUUCAGCAGCGGGUGUAUAACGAGAUCGUGUCAGAACUAGGUGACGAAGAACCGGGUUAUGACAACAUCGGAAAGUUACAGUAUAUGGAAAUGUGCAUCAAUGAAACAAUGAGAAUGUAUCCUGUAGCUGCAAGAACUGAUAGAACCUGCGUACAGGACACUGAAGUAAAUGGUCUGAAGAUUCCAAAAGGCAUGCAGAUUGCCAUACCGAUUUGGAUUUUACAUCAUUCUGAAAAACUCUGGGAAGAUCCUGAGAAAUUCGACCCAGAGAGGUUU